AUGGACGUUGAGGGCAAAGUGGCUUCAGUCGUGGUCAUGGAUCCAGAGAAAUCCUCUAUUGCUGCAAAUAGACUGGACUCUGUCGCAUCUUUGGACGAAGCCCUGGGCCAACUCGUCAUCUCGACCAAGGACGCCGAUGAAGCCUUUGGCUUCUUGAAAGACCAUCCCAAUGCCGAUGCCGUCCGGCAACAGGCGAUGGCCAUUCUGGCUGACCCCCAUGCGACCAGACGUCUUGUGAGAAAGAUCGAUUUCACCCUUGUCCCCUGCAUGAUUGCGGUCUAUUUCCUGCAAUACCUCGAUAAGACCACCAUUUCUUACGCGGCCAUCAUGGGGUUCCGUAAAGAUACACACCUCGUGGGCCAGGACUUUUCCAACUGUGCCAUGAUGUUCUACAUCGGUUUUUUGGUGGCGGAAUUUCCUACCCAAUACCUCGCUCAGCGAACCAGCCGAUUGGGCAAGUACUUGGGAGCCAAUGUGAUGAUAUGGGGUGUUGUACUGGCCUGCAUGGCAGCCUGCACCUCAUACGCCGGCGUAAUGAUAUGUAGGACGUUUUUGGGAAUCUUCGAGGCGCCUGUCGCCCCGAUCCUUGUCUUGAUCAUUGCCAUGUGGUACAAGAAGGAAGAACAAGGAAAGCGAGUCUCAUUCUUCUACAUGUGUAAUGGGAUGACUCAGGUCAUCGGCAGUGCCGUUGCCUACGGAGCGAGCUUCUCAAAGAGCUCAUUUGCCAGUUGGCGCAUUUUCUUCCUGGCUGUCGGGCUCUUGACGAUCGUGCUAGGGUUCUGUGUGUUCAUGCUGCUGCCUGAUUCACCGGUCAAGGCGGCACGAUUCACCGAGGCGGAGAAGGUGGCAGCGUUGCUUCGCGUCAAGGAGAAUCAGUCGGGCACGCAGAAUGCAAAACUCAAGAAGUCACAGGUAUUGGAGUCGCUUCGGGACGUCCGGGUUUGGCUGGUCUUCCUGUCUGUGCUGUUGACGUCCAUUCCAAACGGUGGUCUGUCCAAUUUCUCCUCGAUCCUCCUCACGACGUUUGGAUACAGCAGCCAACAGGCACUGAUCUUGAACAUGCCGUCCGGGGCAGUUUCCGUGUUUAUUGUCCUACUGUCAGGAUAUCUGAGUGACCGCUGGAACGAUCGAUCGUUGGUGAUGCUGAUUUGCCUGAUCCCCACCAUCAUCGCGGCUGGUCUGAUGUACGGGCUCGACCCAGGAGGCAUUCCGAAGGACAAAGGGGUGCUCCUAUUUGCGUCUUACCUCAGCGGGACCUUUGGAGCCGCCUUUAUGCUUUUGCUGGCAUGGAACGCCAGUAACUUGGCCGGACACUCGAAAAAGGUCACAGCCAACGCCUUGACGCUGGUGGGAUUCUGUACGGGCAAUAUCCUAGGCACGCAGACCUUCCAGGAGAGCGAGGCGCCGGGGUACAAAAGUGGCAAGAUUGCCAUUGUCGCAUGUCUCACAGCACAGGUCGUUGUUUGCUUUGCACUGCGAUACUGCAAUGACCGGCUCAACAAGAAGAAUCGGCGCAUCCUCGAGAGCAUGGGGGAAGAGGACAAGAUGCUGCUCGGCGAGACUCUGGCUUACAGCGACGAGACCGACUUACGCAACCCUUUCUUCCGGUACACGCAUUGA